ACAUUCUAAAAUACGAUUUGCACAACGGUCCAACAUCAAAGAUGGCGGGAGCCUCCGACCCACUGGAGGACAUGCUCUUCAAUGAGGUGGAUGAGAAAGCAGUUAGCGACUUAGUUGGCUCUCUGGAAUCACAACUCGGCGAUCGACAGGUUCCCGCUGCUUCAUAUUCCGACGGGAAACGGGAGGGAGCUCCGGCCGCUGUCAGUCAGUUCUCAGGGAAAGUGCGCGAUCAAGUGGGGUCUCUGGAGCAGCCGCAACAAGGGCAUCCAAAAGCGGGGUUAAACCAGGAACCCAGCGCUAAUGAUCCACUCUCCGGCAAAACUCUCACCUCCUCUACCUCCUCUGUUGUUGCCGGGGCCGUAAUAACCGCCGGAGCUAGUCUGCAGACAGUUGGAGCAUCUCCUCCCACUAUUUCCCCCGUACCGGGACCCGUAACUUUGACCACUCAGUCCGCGGCUGCUAGCUUCCACCGGGCUGCUGUCUUGGGUCCGGGCACGGCUCCCAGCACCAAUAUAGCCCCCGCGGCGGACGCUAUAAGGACCGCUUCUCCCGGAUUACAAAGUUUAAACGGCAACGCUGGAGCUGUAAAGUUGGUGAACUCGCCCGCUGUCCCUCCACCAGCCGGGGCCAACACAGUCAUAAGUACUGUCAGUGCCGGGAGCUCCACCAUCAUCGCCCCCAUGGCUUCACAACCCACUUUUCCCGUACCUCAGUCCUCGGUGGCGUCUCCCGCUGGAACUUUGCAGAGGCACCCCAGCCCGGUGGCCAGCGUCGCCCAGAAUGGUGUAGACCCAAAGGGUGCCCAGCUGGUGACUCAGGGUGCACCUUCCCCAUCAGCCUCCACCUCUCAGGUCGUAAACCACAGCAACCCUCUGAUGCGCACCAAGAUGUUGGUGCCUAACCAGUCUGUUUCUGGAAACUCUGUCAUCCUGGCAAACACCCCUCCGCCUGCUGCAGUCCAGUCCACCAUCAGCCAGACUCAGACUGGGACCAGUACAGCUGCGGUCGCCCUGGCUGCUGCCGGGGUGAAGCCUGCCGUGAACGGAGUGGGUCAGCCGGCUGUGACUGUGGUGAGGCCGCCCGGCUCUCCCGUGGUGGCCACCUCCAUCCAGCAGCAGAGACCCGGGCUGGUGGCGAGCUCCACCAGAGCGGCUGCUCCUCAGCCUCCGCUGGCUGUGCGGCCUCAACAGCAGACCACCAUCCAGCUGCCGCCCGGGUUCACCAUGCCUCCUGGUAUGGUUCUGGUGCGGACGGAGACGGGUCAGCUGGUCAUGGUCCCUCAGCAGGUCCUGGCUCAGGCUCAGGCCAAGCAGGGCCAAACGGUGGCCAACAUCGCCCAGAGACCUGCAACGCCGACAGCCGGGGCCACCAUCCGGGUCAGCACCGCCACCACGGCUCCUCAGACCGUCCGCCUGGCCUCCCCAACUCAGACCAGAAUGGUUCAGCCUCCCUCCACCACAGCUGUACAGGCUAUCACGGUGGCGCCCGGCGGUGCGGCGGUGUCGGUGAAGAUGACCACCCCUCAGAAGGCCCAGACAGUGAUGACCGCAGGGGCGACGCCUGUGGCCAAACCCGCCGCCGUCCCGUCUGCCCCCCUGACCAGCACAACGCCCGCUGCGCCCGCAGCACCUGCUGGCAGAGUCACGGUGGUGUCUCAGGAGAUGCAAGAAAACGUGAAGAAAUGCAAGAACUUCCUGGCUACGCUGAUCAAGCUGGCGUCCCACAAUUCGCCCUCCCCAGAAACCUCCAAGAAUGUGAAGGCCCUGGUGCAGGACCUGCUCGAUGCUAAGAUUGAGCCUGAGGAGUUCACCACUCGGCUGCAGGCUGAGCUGAAGUCCUCCCCACAGCCCUACCUCAUCCCCUUCCUCAAGAAAAGCCUCCCGGCCCUGCGUCAGUCGCUGCUCAACAGCCAGCAGUCUCUGGUGACGGUCACCCCCAGCACCUCCGCGCCCCCCCUGGCUGCCCCCGGCUCCGUCACCGCCGCCGCCGCCAUCAGGCCGCGGCUGCCCAUCAGUCCAGCGAGUGGCGCCGUCAGACUGAACCCACCGCUCACAAACACUCUGGCUGUGGGCAGAGCAGGAGUCCAGACUGUACAGACUCGUACGCCUGUUGUCUUCAGUCAGAGUCUCAGACCUCAAGGUACACUCAUAAGGGGACCCACAACUGUAAUUGGCAAAAGUCCGAUUCACCUGGCAGCUCAAGCCAAUCAGAAGAAACUUAGUGACCCAGGGGGCGGGACUUUCAGAGAUGAUGAUGACAUCAACGACGUGGCGUCCAUGGCCGGAGUCAACCUCAACGAGGAAAACGCCCGUAUCCUAGCAACCAGCUCGGAGAUCGUGGGCACCAAGAUCCGCUCCUGUAAGGACGAAUCCUUCCUGCCCACCGGCCUUCUGCACCGCCGCAUCCUGGACACAGCUAAGAAGCUGGGAGUGACUGAGGUGCCGCUGGAGGUGGUGAACUUCAUCUCUCAUGCCACCCAAUCCAGACUGCGCUCCCUGCUGGAGAAGGUCUCAGCUGUCGCUCAGCACCGCACAGACGGGGGAAAGGAUGAAGAGCAUCACGAACAGACGUCAGACGUUCGCUCUCAGCUUCGUUUCUUUGAGCAGCUGGAGCGAAUGGAGAAACAGAGAAAAGAUGAACAAGAGAGAGAGAUUCUGCUGAAGGCGGCCAAGAGUCGCGCCAGACAAGAAGAUCCUGAACAGGCUCGCCUGAAGCAGAAGGCAAAAGAGAUGCAGCAGCAGGAGUUGGCUCAGAUGCGACAGCGAGACGCCAAUCUCACGGCCCUCGCCGCCAUCGGGCCACGCAAGAAGCGCAAGCUCGACUCGCCGGGAGCCAGCACGGCUGGCACGGAGGUGGCUUCAGGCUCGGGUGCAGGCUCCUCCACGGCCACCUCCUCCCGCCAGCAGCUCCGUCAGCGGAUCACACGAGUUAACCUCAGGGACUUCAUCUUCUGUCUGGAGCAGGACCGCUCCACGGCUCGCUCUCUAAUGCUCUACAAGGCGCUGCUGAAAUAAGGGGGUCCCUCCAGGACGAGCACUCGGCCCACUGCAGAUCACAACCUGGACUACACUUCAACCUCCUCCUCCAACCAUCAUAUCCUCAAACGUGUUUCAUGUUGGCCUGAGUCCAUUCUUCAGUCCCUGCAGGAUCUUUUAACCUUCCGUUUGUCUGCUGGUGAACCUUCACCUUUUUUCUUUUUAAAGGAUGUCUCAUUUUUAGCUCAGUCGGGUGUCUGGUUUUGGGCUGCACAUUACAUUUCUGUUUCAUCUUUGUUAAAAUCAAACUCCACCAAUUUAACAUCAUGUUCCUGUGAAGACCAGGUCACACCAGAAAACGUCCUGGAGUCUUGCUCAUGUAGUGACAACUCACAGGUGAACCGCCGUAGCUUAUGAGCUAACUGCUAACUUGCUAGCUUGCCAGGGUAGUGCAGUAGUUCUCUGAGCUUCUCUCUAUUUUGUCUCUCAUUUGUUCUCUUUACUCACCUGAACAUUUUAUUCUGCAUUUCUGUAUUGUCUUUGUUUAUUCCAUCUGCCUGGCGCCUACAUGCCCCACAAUGCAACUGGACUGGAGGUCAGCUUUAACAGAUGCUGUUGUGCUAUGCUGAACCUGUUGAGAUGAGUGAUGUGCAGGUCUGAAACCAGACACUGAGUGUGUUUUCCAGACUGUGAGAUGAGCUCAUCCUGAUGGUUUCUCACAGAGUUUCGACUCCAGCGCUGUACCUGAACAGGUGCCUUCCGAGUCUCAUCUCUCUGAACCUCUUCGCGGCUCCAUUCAGAUUUUCUGUUGGCUUCUUUCUACCUGGAGCCCCCUCAGCCACCACUCAGGACGCCGGGCUCAUGCGCUCUUAAGUCAGUUUGUGUUUUAUUUUUUAACUUUUCUGCUCUCGCUCAGAUCUGUGAUGUUGGUACAGUCAGACAUGAGACCAUCACGUUUGCAUUUUAUGAAGUCGUCAGCCUCGAGAAUAACGAGCUCUGAGGAUGUUUUAUUGAGCAUCACGAUGUUGAUUGUUGUUAGACGAAUGUGCACCGUGAGAACCGCGAAGCUUCGACGGUCACAUGAACGGGAAUGCGACGGUUGGUAGAUCAUUUUAGCGUGCGUGCGUUCGUGUGUUUGUUUGUAGUACAAAGAUGCCGAUGACAGCAAUGGCCGAUUUAAGGAACAUUUCAACAUUUUGGUGAAUCUUUUCUUCUCACAUCUCAGCUGGUUAGCUUAGCACAAAGACUGGCUACAGCUAGCCUGGCUCUGUCCAGAGGUAACAGAGUUCACCUGCCAGCACUGACGAGCGUUACAUCUGGUUUGUUUCAUGGGACUCAGGUGUAAAAACAGCUUGUGGCUUGACUGGAGGUUGCGUGUCUGUUGUCAGUAAUCCAGUGAAAAUACAAUCGUCCAAAUAAAACACACCAGAUACGACAUGUUCAUCAGUGAGCUUUGCAGCUGCUGGUUGGUGUAUAUUGUUACCUUGAAACUGAGCCAGGCUAGCUGUUUCCCCAUUUCCUGUCUUUAUGCUAGGCUAAGCUAGUGGUUUUCCCCCGUUUCCUGUCUUUAUGCUAGGCUAAGCUAGUGGUUUUCCCUCCGUUUCCUGUCUUUAUACAAGGCUAAGUUAGUGGUUUCCCCUCCGUUUCCUGUCUUUAUGCUAGGCUAAGCUAGUGGUUUUCCCUCCAUUUCCUGUCUUUAUGCUAGGCUAAACUAACCACUCAGUCUGACUGUUGUCGGAGAAGAAAAGGCUUUAAAGGUUGAACUGUUCCUUUCACACACUCGAUCCAGUUUCCUGGGAGCUGGCUCUCCCACACGGAGAAAACUCACUCAGGCUAACAAACAUAAAGCUAGCUGUCAGAUCAAACAACAUUCCUACAGUUUCCUCCUCCUCCUCCUCCUCUUCUUCAUCCUGGCUGGCGUGUGAUUGAACUUUUAGCUCGACUAUGAAACAUUAGAAUUCAAACCACAGUCUGAAAACCUCCUGUUUUGUCAGAGUAGAUUAAUUAUGCAGUUUGGCUUCACGAUUUUGCUGUUGAAAGUUUUUAAGAUGAUGUUUUUGGAAAAGGUGUGUACAUCGAAGGUUUUUAACGCUUUAAAUGUCCUUUUCCCCCCUCAUAUCGGGCAUUUGGUUUGUAUAGCGUAGCUCUGAGUGCUAACUGAAGCUGUGGUGUAUGUACUGUAUAUUCAGUCAGAGUCUUCAAUGCACCCACGUAAGGUAUCAUCUGUUGGAAGGACACAAUUUUUGCGACUAUUUAUAUUUCCUACAUUCUGUAUUCAAUCCUGACGCAUUUCAGGCAAUGCAAUUUUACAGUCGUUUGUACCUUUGCAAAAAAAAAUGAAAUAAAGAAAAUGUUAACGGA